GAAAAGUAACCCUAGCAGAGAGUUUAUCACAAAGAAAUCAUAAAUUCAAGAUCAUCGAUCAGUGUUGCACUGCUCACACAACCACUGCUGCUAAGCCUGCUUCUGCAUUCAGGUACCACGAGGUCUGUUACAGCACAAAAUUUGUUUCAACAUUCUCAUAAGGUUGAGUUAAUGACACUGUAUUAACUGCACAAUGCAGUACAUUAAAUAGAAACAUCCACAAACCGCUACCAGAAGCCAGGGGGCCAAUACCAGCGUAAUGUUGCUCAAACCUAACAAUAAUAGUUUUUCAGAACCGUAACUUCUCCAAAAAAGCAAAAUUCCCCUCGUUGUCAUCAUGUUUGUGGAUUUUUUUUUAUUCUUUAUUUUUAAUCCACUGUAAAUUUCAAAAUCUGUACCUGCAUCUGUUCCUAUUGUUUCUGUAAAAAAUGAGUGCAGGGACAGGAAAGAGCAAUGGAAGUGCCUCAAUUGCAGGAGAGGCUGCAGAACUGCUGAGUGAAGGCUUUGCCAUGCUGGGCAACUGGAAGGCACACAUGGGAGUGGCAACAAGGAGAGGAAGAGCUCAGGGACUCGUGCUCUGAGAAGUACUGCCAAAUGCACCAGGUAGAAAUGGUCACGUUCCCUGGGUUUAAGUUUAACUUAGUCCUUGCUAAGUUUCUCACGGGAAACUGCAAAUUAAGCUUCCAAAAUCGUUGUGGCUCAGCUAAAUUCUGUUAAUGUCUCUCCCCCUGCAUCUCAGCUUACUUCUUAAGUUGAUCUGUAAGUCACUAAUGAAAGGCAACGCAAAGUGGGAACCUGGGGUUCAGUCAAAUAAACCCGCUUUCAGUAAUUACUGUAAAGACUGAUACAGUAACUGGUGUCAAUGUGGAGAGAUGGUAAAUCCAAACCCAAAACUCAAUUGCAAAUUCUGAAGCAAUUCUAUGACAUUUUAUUAGAAGCUUUACACAGUACCAUUUUUACACAUACCAAUUCUAAAAUUCACACAGGAUAACCAGCAGAACUCUGGCUACGUAAGAACAUUCUAUCCUGGUUACUAAAUUAAGAGAGAAACAGCAAAAGCCAGCCCUCCCUACAAACCCCGCCUAUAAAGAUUUUCCUCCACAGGAUCUCAUUUUGCACUCAAAUAAUUAAUUGCUUUGCAGGAAGCGUUGUAAAAUCAUAUGCAUAAUGAGAGAUGGGCAGUGCCUAGAACAAAGAUCAGGGCUGGGCUACAGCUAAGAUGACUUACUGCAUAUUUGUUUUGCCAAUUGACUCUCGAAGAUUAUCUCGUUCAAUCUGCCUGCCUGCAGUCCCUGACAACGUCAUUCUCUUGCUGCCAGGCUGGCCCUGCAGGGAGGAACACCCCAAACGUCACAGCCUGAGUCCCAGUGCAAAGCAGAUAGCUCAGGGCCGCUGCCGUGCACCCCUUGGCUAACAAGGUCAUCAUGCACAUCCCAAAAAUGAGAGGAGUGGCUUUCUCAAUCCGGGCAGUAAGAGUCAUAUUUGUGAAUGAUUUCCUGCUGGGGGUGAGGGGGAGAUGGAAAUGAGCAUAAAGGAAGUUGUCAGCAGCACCGCACACCAGCCAAUCGCAGCACAGCUCCAUCUUAGCUGUGCCAUAGGCUGCAUUAAAACAGGGAACGGCACGGCGCCCGCUCAGCAUCCUUACAGACAAGAGCCCCCAGAUCUGUGACAGGGAAUACACUAAGACAACUCUUCAAGGAUGGCAACUCUCAACGCCACUCACUGGAACGAGACAACAUCUAUUUACCAGUACUUGGGCUUUCAAGUGCAAAAAAUCUACCCUUUUCACGAUAACUGGAACACUGCCUGCUUUGUUAUUCUGAUCAUAUUCAUCUUUACUGUAGUUUCUCUGGUGGUGCUGGCUUUCCUCUAUGAAAUGCUAGACUGCUGCUGCUGUGUGAAAAACAAAACUGUGAAAGACCUGGAGAAUGAACCCAACCCUGUUAGAGCAAUGCUGAACAGCUUCAGAAAGCGUGAAACUGAGGUGGUUUAAGAAAGGCUGAUCAUCAGCACGUGGAGACCAUGUAACACCUUGAACAAACCACUUGUACCUUAUGGACGAAUGAGUUACAUGCUUUUUUGGGGGGGUUUUUUUUGGUUUUUUUUUUUUUUUUUGGACUUAAAUAGAAUGAUAACUGCUACGCCUGCAUCUCCAGCUGUGAACUUGAACAGUUGGCUUUCUGGGCACUUAGCUGAAGGAUGAUCUGUUCCGUUGUUAUGGGGGAAGAAAAGUUGUUUGUUUUUAAAUCAUUUUUUGUUGUUCAUAUUGAGUUACUAGAGUAGAUGUUUGACUGCCUGAACAAACGGUGUUGCUGAACGUGAACAAAACUAUGUUGCUUAGCCAGAGAAAACACUUAGAAAGAUGCUCAACAAUCCAAUUCUACAGAGCACAAUGAUAGAGCACUGUUCUCUCACUGUGGUGAAUCACACAGGGACAAGACAGACAUAAAGGAUUAAGGAAAAACAGAUGAAAGACAAUGAUUUAAAGGCAAGAGAUGCCAUGAGAGCCUUGUGUGAAUUUUUGCCUUCAGCAGUUGUUCUUACUACGGGUUCACCACUUAAAGAAAAUAGGUGGUGGGAGGGAAGCAAGCCAGGAUGAAAUCCAUCCUUAAAAUAGCCUUUUCUAACCUCCUACAAUAUAAUUUGACCUCUUCUUCCUCCUUUCUCCCAUUCCAGAGAACCACAUUCCCCUUACUUCAUUUUCAACCUGUUUAAUGUCUUUUGAGUCGAGUCAUGACUACUGCACUACCUUAAGACUAUCUUACUGCUUCCACAAAAGCACACUCAAGUGGGAUCAUGGUCUAGAAGAAGCAGGGUCAUCUUUCUGUCCCAAGGCUGCUGCCUCCGUGCCAACUAUGACACUACAGGGAAUCCAACAUAUUGAUGAUCUUAUUCCUAUCUCAUCUUCUCAAAGCUGAACUACAGCUGACAGAGUUCUUGCCAAAACACAAGCUGACAGACUGCAAUCUUCCCAGAGCAGUGACAAUAAUUUCUCCCAGCCAGCACACAGUUUCCAGGUGUUGAUAUGCUUCACAAAGGAGGCUGCAUCAUGAUAAGCCUAGCAUAAGAGACAGUGGAAUGGAUGCACAGCAAGACGCGACUUUGUUUUGCACAACUGAACUUCAGCCCACUUCAUCAGCCUGCAGAUACAUUCCAGAAUUCACCCUCUCAGCUCUCUCACAAGCUGAACACAUAAAACUUGGACUAUCAGCUUUUACCUGUAACUUACCACAUCAUUCCUCUGUACUGUGUUGCAUCUAUAGGUUUUCAAACAGUAAAGUUUUGGUUUUACAAAUUACAGCUGUAAUAGCAACAAUCAACAGCACAGCCUUCAGUACAGCCUGUUAAGUCUCUGUCUUGCUGCUGGACACAGAAAGGAACAGGCCAGCAGGAAACAUCCCAACCAGACUGAAGCUACAUGUGGGACAAGAUAGUUAAUUACAUAAAUAAUGCUCUUCACAUUAGAGAAGCAAAACCUACAAACGAGUAAGCUCCUGCUGCCUUAUCCCCAUCAGAAAUACCUCAGUGCCAUCAACACUACCUUUCAUCUUUUUUUCUUUCUUUUUUUUUUUUUUUACUACACCAACUCCCACUCUCAGGGUUAGCAUGCCUAAGCUCCAAAAGGUUUGGACACACACAUACACCAAAAGGCUCAUCAAUUCAACUCAUGCUCUUCCUGGUCAGUAAGACGGAAUAAGACCCAGGCCACCACUACCCAAAAAAUUCCAAUGGUUCAUCCAGAAAAGCCAUCUCCUUCCAUCUCUCUACACAGUUACUACCGUUAAGCCUUGCCAGCAUGAGUCUAACAUGCAUAGAAUGCUCUUAACUGAAGUUGACCUAUAAGCACAACCAAUGGAAUCAAGCGUCCCAAGACACUUGAGGACACUUGUACAAGACAAUUGAGGAUGCAAAGCAGGACACGUGAAGAUGAUGUCACUGCUGCGUUCUGGACCAGGGAGACAUCUCAUUACCUUCUACUGUAUUUCAUAGUCAGUCCUCAGAGACUGGACAGGAGAAGGCAGCACGUGGGAAAUAACACUAGCUUCUGUAACACUGGAUUUGUGUUCUCACACCCUCCUGAGAAGCACACACAACAUUAAGUCUUAGGACUCUCUCCAGCUACUCAUGGGUUUAUAUAGGAGGCAGCAAACAAGGAACUGAGAAGAAACUCCUCUUGCACAGCUCCAGAGCCUCAGGAGAAUUCUUUUCCUCACAUAAAGCAAAGCUGUGGAAUAAGCUUCCAGAGAUUUCAGCUCUUGCUGACCAAGACCACCGAGACAAAGAUUUCAAGGUAAAGACUUGCUACUGAUCAAUAAAAAGAAAUGAAAAGAUAUGAUCCUUCAUGUUUAUUUUCUCACUGCUACUCUGGAGUGAGUAAACAAGGCACUCUUCAACUUGCUUGUUUAAACAAUUGUUUAAUGCUUGUUUAAACAAAACAAAACUAGCUUGUUUAAACAAUAGUUUUUAGGCAACAGUGACAACUGUUCUCAUUGGAAAUCUCACAAGGAAUCUUCAGAUGCAAGCUACGUUUAGCUGUGUGGUUCUUUCAGGAUUAGCAUGAUCUCUAUGCCCCACCUCCCCAAACAAGAGCUAAAGGCAAGUUCUCAGAGUCAGAAUAAAAAAAUGAUGGGGGAUUUGGAGGCUCUGCAGAACCAAAGGUUACUUGUGCUCACAUACGUUUACUGGGACAUUAAUUAUUAUUUUUAUGGUCACUACACAACAGAGUGAGGAAUAAUUCUCCUAGUUUUCACUUCUCUCAAGGUAAAGGGGGCUGGGAAUUCUUCAACAUCACUUUUUACUCCGUCUCCCCAAGAUCUCUCUGUGCCAUGCACAUAUCCUGACAGGUACCUAGGAAUCUGACAAUUCAAACAAAAACUGGGUUUUGAGGCACAGAACUUGGAUCCUGCAGCAUCACGGGGAAACUGGUGUCCAUGGCUGCUUGACCCCUUCUGUCAUUUGGCUUUCUGCACACCUGGUCUGAGCCAAUUCCUAAGAAGGAGAGAAAAGCUGAUUCCCUCUUCAUUACUCUUCUUCAACCCUUGAUGAUUCUGCAGUAGUUCGUAAAUACAGGGAAAAAAGGAGACUGUACUCACUUUGCAUAAAAAUAUUAUAAAAAUCCUGAAAGCUGUCUGAUAUUGUAUGAAACAAAGCCAGCACCAUUAAAGAUAAAGCAUAUCUCCUCACAGUCAUACAUUCUCACAUUCAAAACCACCAAAAACCUACCCCACAAAACAAGAAAUCACACUCUUUACUCAGUCGCUUGCUCACAUAGCUACUCAAAUCCUCCAGAACAAUCACACAUGAACUGUAUGUCCAUUGCUCCUUCCCUGUAAACCCCUCUCACUCAGGAGGUGCAUACUAAGAUAUCUCAUGGAUUUUUUUCUGGAGGACAGCAUGGCAAAAGUGGCAAAUAGAAAUCUCACCUCUUCUGAUUUAUUUUAAAAUAUCUGGCUGAUAAAAUCAUUUGGUGUCUGUCCUUAAGGCUCUGAGAAACUGAAAAUACACAAGCUCCCUAUUCUUCCCUCACACAAGAGAUGCUGUGCUCCUCCCAUUACCCUUGGUAUUUUAACUAGCGAGAGGAAGAGAAGGAAUGGCCUCAAGUUGUGCCAGGGGAGGUUCAGCCUGGGUAUUAGGAAAAGUUCUGCUAAGGAGUGGUUGGGCACUGCCCAGGGAGGUGGUGGAAAUCACCGAGCCUGAACCUGUUCAAGAAACAUGCAGAGGUGGCACUAAAGAGCAUGGUUUAGUGGGCAGCAUUGGUGGUAGGUGGAUAGCUGAAUUAGAUAAUUUCAGAGGUGUUUUCCAAACUUCUGUGAUUUUUCUCUGCUGUUAUUAGUUCCAUUGUUUUGUUGUGGUUUUUUUUUUUUAAAGUUUAGAAGAGUUGCACAUGACACUCAAAAUGCAAGCAUGCGAUGCGUUUACACAAUAGCAUUAUUUUGUAUUUUAGUAAUUCCUGAUGUUUGCUCUUUACAGCACAUCAGAGUACUACGUCAAGGUUUGCAGAGCUACUCAUAAUGACCCCAAGUUACCCACCCUAGAAAAGGAAACUGUAGAGAGUAGAGCACCAUGUGCACAUGAAUUCUCUCUGUACCGCACUUCUCAUUUGCUCUUACUAAUCCUGGCAGUGCUCUUAAGAACUACUUUCUUAAUUUUAAGAGGUAUGCUGUCAGCUGUGCCACCACUGCAGGGAAACAAUGGAAUUCCCAACUAAGGCAGAAAACAACUCUAUGGGACCCCUACUGUUCGUGAACAGAAAUUAGCUCCCAGGUAAAAGGAGAACGGCUAACCAUUAUGCACCAGCCAGACAUGACAGAUAACAAGAUUCAUCUCACAGCAGUCUACGACUUUCAGCUGAUAAUCAGUUUUCAGCAUCCUCUCACCAGCAUUUACUGACAUUCACCAAGCAAAAUCCAGCUGCCUACAAAGUAAUGUUUUGUCAGUAACAGUUCCUCCAACUGAAUAACAGCAAGUCACUGAAUGAUGUCUGACCUUGCAGACAGAAGUAUUCUUUCACAUCAUGCACUGUAUUUCUUAGUAAAAAGAGACAAUUUCAGAAAGACUACAGCUAGCAGAACUCCUGGACAAGCCAUUUCAUGCCAACAAACACACAAGCAGACAGUGGCAAACAGCAAC